AUGUGGAUCAAAUUCGUCACUGUUGCCGUGGUGAUCUUCGCCAUUCUCGAAGCGUCGUUCCAGACGUGGCUUCCUGCCAACUUUGUGUUCGAUAAGGUCGUUUUGCAGAAUCUCGUCAAAGAGACUUUGGCAGAGCUUCCUGAUGGAAGUGCUAUGGACAUCAUGACCACCUUAGCUCCAAAGAUCUCCAAAGCAUAUCCAGGUCUCAUCAACGACCUCAACCAAGAAGAUUGGGUCUACAACAACGCCGGAGGAGCUAUGGGAACCAUGUUUAUUUUGCAUGCUUCCAUCUCGGAGUACUUGAUCUUCUUUGGAUCUGCGGUGGGCACUGAGGGCCACACGGGAGUGCACUAUGCUGACGACUAUUUCACGAUUUUGUACGGAAAGCAGUUGGCUGCCCUUCCAAAUGCCACCACACCUGAAGUGUAUCUUCCAGGAGACCAACAUCACUUGCAGCGUGGAUGGGUGAAGCAGUAUUCCAUGCCUAGCGGGUCUUUUGCUCUUGAAUUAGCCCAGGGAUGGAUUCCUGCCAUGUUACCAUUUGGAUUUGUUUCGUUUGCCUCCCUGACAUUGGACUACUACUCUUUUGGAAGAACCAGUUACUUUACUGGAUUGGACAUGGUGAGAAACUUGGUGCGUGGAAAGUUGUAG